AUGUCUCUCCAACACAGCACAUCACUGCCCGUUCGCACGUCCAAGUCGAUCGUGGCACACCCACUUGCGCCACUGUCAGCACAGGAAAUCCAUGAAGCAGCCUCCCUCAUCCGCAACCAAUGGCCCGAGAAAACGGACCUUCAAUUCAAGGUCCUUACACUUGAGGAGCCCGCAAAGGCCGAGAUGGUGCCUUUCCUGGAAGCAGAGUUCAAGGGUCAAGGCCUGCCCAGCAUUGACCGCAGGGUCCAAAUUGCUUAUUACAUUCGCAAGACCAACAAACUACACGAAGCCAUUGUCAACUUGACGACAUCAACAGUCGAAAGCAACGUCAGACUUGGACCCAACGUACACGCGGCAGGAGAUGGAGAAGAAAUCUUGGACAUUGAGAAGUUGGCUCUCGAAGACGAGGGUGUACAAGCAGAGAUUGCCAAAUUACAACUACCCGAAGGCACUGCUGUUGUCUGCGACCCCUGGAUCUACGGCUCGGACGGUGUCGGUGAUGAUGAACGCAUGUACCAGUGCUUCCUGUACAUGCGUGACCCCAAGAACACCGACGAGCUCGACUCAAACCAUUACGCUUUCCCUCUCGCCAUCUCUCCUGUUCUCAGCGCUGUGGAACGUAAGGUCAUCCGCAUUGAUAUCAUGCCCACCGGAAAGGACAACACCAUCAAGCCCACACAGCCCUGGAAGCCUGUCCAUGCCAAUGAGUACAUUCCUGAGGCUCAGAAGCUGCGUACCGACUUGAAGCCUCUCCAGGUCCUGCAACCUGAAGGCGCCAGCUUCAGCGUUACCCAGGAAGGCACAUCACACACUCUCGACUGGCAGAAGUGGUCCUUCCGUGUCGGUUUCAAUCAAAGAGAGGGUAUGGUUCUCUACAAUGUCCGUUACGACGGUCGCAGCGUCUUUUACCGUCUAUCGCUGUCGGACAUGUCCAUUCCCUACAGUGACCCUCGUCACCCCUUCCACAAGAAGGCUGCCUUUGAUCUUGGUGAUGUUGGCGCCGGUGUCAUGGCUAACGACCUGAAACUCGGAUGCGAUUGUCUUGGUUCCAUCCAGUACCUCUCUGGAACCGUGGCCAACGACCAGGGUGAGGCUGAGGAGAUGCCCAAUGUCAUUUGUGUCCACGAGCAAGAUGGUGGCAUCGGCUGGAAGCACACCAACUACAGGACCGGCCGUGCUGCUGUCGUCCGUAACCGUGAGCUCGUUCUGCAGAGCAUCAUCACCGUUGCAAACUACGAGUACAUCUUGGCCUUCAUGUUCAACCAGGCCGGUGAGAUGACUUAUGAAGUGAGAGCUACUGGUAUCCUUUCGACCCAGCCUAUCGAUGACGGCAUCAGCGUCCCUUGGGGAACAGUGGUUCACCCUGGUGUACUCGCCACUCACCACCAACAUAUCUUCUCCCUUCGUGUCGAUCCCGCCAUCGAUGGACACUCCAACCGCCUCGUGUAUGAUGAAGCCCUGCCCAUGCCUCGCAGCGACUUCAACCCUCACGGAACAGGCUACUACACAGAAGAAACCGUCGUCUCGCAAUCUGGCGGUUACGACCUCAACCCAGACACAAACCGCACCUUCAAGAUUCAGAACGCCAACGUCCUCAACCCCAUCAACAACAAGCCAGUCGCCUACAAGAUUCACGCUCCUCCAUUCCAAAAGGGUAUCGCCGACAAGGAAAGCUUCAACUACAAGCGCGUUGAAUUCUCCGACCGCAACAUUUACGCAGUCAAACACCGUGACGGCGAACUUUACGCUGGCGGCAAAUACACCAACCAAUCUCGCGGCGGCACUGGUGUACGCACCUGGGCUGACCGCAAGGACAACAUUGUCGAUGAAGAUCUUGUCGUGUUUGUCCAAUUCGGCAUCAACCACAUCCCGAGAAUCGAAGACUUCCCUGUCAUGCCUUGUGAGAUUAUCAAGGUUAGUCUGAAGCCAGUCAACUUCUUCGAUAGAAACCCUGCUUUGGAUGUGCCGCCGAGUACCCAGGAGUUCAACAAGAGUACGUUGCUUAGUGAGACACACAAGCAGCCUACUGUUGAAGGUAUUGUGGGCAAAGAAGGAGAUGUGUGCUGCAAAACCACUACUGGUAGCAAGCUGUAA